GCAUAUAAGUUAUUGUGGGACAAAUCAUGGAAUGGGUGGUUGAUGACUUAUUUGGUGUCACCAAUGCUACCCUGGCUCCGGCCAUUAGCUACCGGUUUCAUUUUUGUUUUGUUAUCUCUUGUUCACAUGAAUUGUCUCUAUUUCUGGUGGGAUUUGUUGAGAAGCUAUUGUGAUUCAUAGUAAAAGUACCAUAGAGGACCUUAUUCUAGUAGUCAAAUUGCAUUUUGCCCCCUUUACUCAAAAAAUAAAUAAAUUAGUCUUUGUACGUUAGAUUAAAGAGUAAAUUGGUUCUUUUGUUAAAAAUUUCAUCCAUUUCUAUUGUUAAAAAUUGAUCUUUGUACAUCAGCAUGAGGUAUACAUGGCAUGUCACGUAUAAUUGUUUGGCUUUUUAGUUAAUCACCCUAACUUUUAACAAUAGAAAUGGAUGAAUUUUUUUAACAGAAGAGAUUAGUUUGAUAUUUAUCCAUUUUUUGAGUAGAGGAGGCAAAAUAUAUUCUGACACUUAAUGCAGGGGCCUCCGUAAUCCUUUUACCAAUGAUUGAUCUACAUCUUAACCGAACUUGUAAUAAGUUCAAUUCUCACGAAAAAGUUUUAGGUGAAAUGGUAUGGUACAUUAAGGGUAAGGGGAUUAGAAAGGAAAAGGCAAUCAACGAUCUCCUUAUAAUUAGUUUUAAUGAUCACACGAUGCUAGCCUUUUCAUUCUUGCAAAUGAACAAGCCUGUUUGAGUGCCAAGGCUUCAACUGAUUUGAUUGAUCCAACCACUUUCCAGAGGCUCAAUCCAACAAUUAGUCUCCCUGUUCAAUUUCGGCAGACGGCCAAUCCUCCCCAAGGAAGCAUCACAAUUUAUCUUUAUGGCAUUCGGAGGGGGGCAUUGCCACAUAGUAAGGUCGUGCGCAUGAGGUGGAUUUGACGAAGACUCAAACAUCGCUUCCGUAAAACUCACAUAAGCGUGAGAAGUUGCAAGCCAUUUGUGAUCGAAUCGCCCUUCAUGCUAUUGAAGACCAACUCAUUCCUAGCUUUCUAGACAUGCCAGUACAAGCCUGACAUGACCUCUGUUGCUCCUGUAAAUGAGUAGUAGUAGACCUGUUUAAUGACACGGAACGGAAGAAACCAAACCAAACCAUUUUUAAUAGUUUGAUGACUACGUGCUCUACAUGAUCGAGCGGUCAAACCAUUGUAUUAGUGCUCUGCAUGAUUUAAAUCAUGAUGUUGAAUAUUAUGACGGCGGCAAGCCAUGGUUGAACAAAUAAUAAGCCAACAACUUUGAUUCAUCUAAUUAGAACUAAAAAAUAUUUGAAUAAAAGACUACUUAAAUUCAAAACGAUAUUGACUCCGCCCUGCUAAUUAAAUACCAUUUUAAUUAGCACAUGUCGUGCUGUUCAGUGUUCACUUUCUUUCCGUUUCAAGGUUGGUGCCAUUUCUGUUUCCGUUUGGUAAUUUCAUUUUCUCCCUCCUUUUCCUUCCUCUCCAGAAAAAAAAAAUCAAUAGCAGAAGAAAACGAGAACAGCCAUCUCCCCCUCCCCCCCAUGGCAGAUUCCAACCCUACUCGCGUAUCAGUUCAUCAAGCUCUUGGAGGUGGCACAGUUGCCGAUGUGCUGCUGUGGAGAGAAUGGUGUAGCGGUGUUGUGAUGCUCACCUCGUCAACCAUGGUGUGGUACCUUUUUGAAAGAGCUGGUUAUAAUUUCUUGUCUUUCAUGGCCAACGUAUUGUCGCUCCUUGUCGCUAUUCUCUUCUUCUGGGCCAAAUCUGCUUCUCUUCUCAACAGGUCUUUGCCACCCCUUCCUAAUUUAGAGAUUUCUGAGAACACUGUUGUGAUUAUUACUGAUGUGUUACACCAAUGGAUCAACCAUACAUUAUCCAUUGCACAUAACAUUGCAAUUGCAAGAGAUUUGAAGUUUUUUCUUAAGGUUGCCGUCAGCUUGUGGUUAGUUUCGUACAUAGGUAGUCUCUUCGAAUUCCUCACUCUGGUCUAUAUUGGAGUUGUUCUUAGUCUAUCAGUUCCGGUGGUAUACGAUAAGUACCAGCACUUCAUCGACGAGAAGCUUUGUGUGACACGCAGAUUCAUUCAAACACAAUAUAGGAAAAUCGAUGAAAUGGUAUUGAGGAAGCUUCCUUUGCCCUCAAACGGUGGAUACCCCCUACAUUCUUGAUUUGCAGGUUUGUUUUAUACAUUUGUGGUUAUAAUUUACAUGUUCAUUGGGUUUUAGACAGAUUUACUAAUGGUGGAGGAAACCCUGUUUAUAUUUUAUCAGAAACUCAGUAAUUCAGUGUUGUAUUAAUACAUGUAUUUAUUAAAAAAAUGCCAAGGGUGGCUUGUAAAACAGUUAUCAGCAGUAAAAUCACGUUCAACUAUUCUACAUUUA